AUGGAAUGCCUUCGCGACGACUUCCAGAAUGGCGUCCUGCUCGGCGGUCGGUACCAGACCAUCUCCCCUCUCAACCACGGCUCCUUUGGCAUGGUCUUUAUGGCCAAGGACACCUUCACAGGUGAGACGGUCGCCAUCAAGUGCCUGACUAAGAGGUCAGCGUCAUCUGAUGACUACCCCGAGUUCGCCAUCGACGACCAAUCCGAAGAGCUCGUCUUGCACGGCCAGCUAGGAUUGCAUCCGAACAUUGUCAACCUUAUCGAGUCGUUUGAGACGGAUGCCCACAUCUACCUGGUGCUCGAGUUCUGCCCUCGCGGCGAUCUGUACGAGGCGAUCCGCAGCGGCCAUGGCCCCUUGGAGACGGAACAUGUGAGGCGCUUCAUGCUCGAGCUUGUUGACGCGGUUGCGUACAUGCACGCGAACGGCAUCUACCACCGCGACAUCAAGCCCGAGAACAUCUUCCUGACCCAGUCGGGUCCGCAGGUCGACACUGGUGCCUUCCCGUGGGCCAAGGCCCUCCAUGCGACCCCUCCGAAGCCCAUCAGGCAACUCAGUGCCAUCCCGGACGACGAGAGCUACGAGGAAGACCUAUUCUCCAAAUCGGGCACCACGGCGGACUGGAUGUCGGGUUCCGCGCAGACGCCGUCCAUGUCGUCCUACAUGGACUCGAACCUGGGCUUGUCGAUGCAGUCUUUCGCCGCGCCAGCCGACUUCCGUCCGGUCCUGCCCGCGAAGGCUGCUGCGAGGUUGGCCCCGGUGGCUGGGUCUCUUCCGAUUACCAUGUCCAAGACUCGCAACCAGUCCGCCAUGUCCCUGGUCUUCGGGCGCAGUGAUGGGGUGUCCAAGAGCUGGAGUGAUCUAUGGGACGAGGAGUUCGAGGAGGAAGAGGAGCAGACCAAGCAACUACAGACCCUCAAGGAGAUGAACUCGAGGACCUGGAGCCACGAUAGCACUGCCACCCCUUCCCUAGCCGCCGAGAACGACGACACGCCCCGACAAGGCCUGUCGCCCGCGACCAAGUCGGCCACUCUUGCCAGUGACGAGGCCAUGAUUCCAUCCAUUGAUGGAACCUUCGACGAGGAUCCUGACAUGGACGGCCUGUUUCUCUACGAGGCGCCUCCGGCCAAAGAGGAACCUCAACUUCCACGGAACUCACCAUCAUCACAACAGAGUGGCUUAGACAAGUGGGCGGCCCUCGGCGAGCGCCGACGAGCGCACGGCAGCAGCCCGCCUCGCAAGGUCGUCAACGUCUCUAUCCGUGCAAGUCGGCCAGCUGGGGCCGUCCUCUCGGCCAGCUCCCCGAUUAAGCGGCACGACGUCGAAUCUAACCAUCGCCCUUCUUCAGGAGCCAUUUUCUUCUGUCUCUGGGAACCACUCUCGACUCAACAACACAACCACCACACACAAGAUAAUCACCAGGGAAGGUGGAGCAACGGUCGCGACAAGACCAAGGACUGCCCGCGAACUAAGGGUCGCGAUCGAGAUUGGAAUUGGAACUUCGACUGGCGCAAGGAGAAGCGUUCCGGUCUUAGCUAUCUCGGGGGGUUGGUCAACUGGCAAGCGGCCCGCUCCUGA